AUGAGGACUUUGAAGGGAGAAUGUCCGAGUCAAAAUAUCCAAAUCUUGUGCCGGCCUGGAUUUGAGGAUCUGCUGAGCAUCGAAGACUCUGAGAACUCAGUUCGUGAGAAUAUUGAAUACUUAUGCGGCAUCAGAGGGGUCAGUCCUAUGCCUGAUGGGUCUCAAAACCUCCAGUUUGGGUCUGUAAUCUUUGAAGACGCUCACUCAACUGCAAUCGUCUCACUGAUAAAUAGCCAAUCAGUUCAGGCUGUUCCAGAUGUUUUGCAACAUCUAGAGAAGGCUAUCGGCACACUUCAGCAAGUCGGUGGAUGUUGCGACUCUUUCACCUUUCUGGCAAGAGAAGAGUUCAUGGUCGAGCUGGAACGAAUAGACCCUAGUGGCUCAUCAACACUGGAAUCACUAGCGUCACGCACAAAUUCACAAGCCAGCCUCAAGGGCUUGCAUCCACAGUUACUGGACUCGCUGACGGCCCAAUUUCUUUCCCUCGCCUUCGCUCUCUACGCGCAAGGUCAUUGCGAGCCCUUUAGCCCUUUCUUUCUGGACACCCCCUUAAAGCGUGUGCUGCUCAUAGGAAACCAAAUUUGGGGCCCAUCAUUUACUGGGCCCUGCAUACUCGCUUCCCCCAUAGAGUUGACCUGCUUUGGUGAGAUGGUUGAGCGCCGAGUCUUUACCUUUCAGUACUUUGAGGUUUUUGAUAGGUUAAAGGUGUUCUCAGAUUCUGACAAGAAGUUCGACUUGAAGGCUUACCCUGAAGACCUGCUUGACACCUGGGGUCCUGGAGAUUUCAUAAUGCCAAAGCAUGAUUCAGAAAAUCUCCAUGCAAUAUCGAUUGGUGGUGGCCUGAUCGUCCCUAUCUCCACAGAAAACCACCAGUUGCCCGCUCUACACUGGAGCCCAGCAUCAGAGUGCGACACAGAUUUCUCUUCGACCUUUCCUCGCAAUGAAAGGAUGGUCAUCGGGUCAAGAGUCUCAAUGACAGCGGUAUGCGGGGUGACCAUACGGGAUCGAGUGAAGAUGGCUGUUCCAUGGUUGAAGGAGCUGGGGACAUUUCCAAGUUACUGGGAGGUGUCCGAAAGGCAGGUAGGCCUUGGCUUGCAGGCUGGACAAAGCGCUGUGGGAAUAGUGAACUUCGCCCAGACGUGGGUGAAGAGACUGGGCCAGACCAAGAAGUCCAACAUCCUCGCUAAGAGAUCCCUCUCCAUCGCCGAUUUAGAAGGGCUUUUCGCUGUCCAGGUGAGCUUUUGUACUGGUAUCGCACGACGGGUGCGACUACGAGAGCUCCUCGCCGAUAUCCUACCCGCUUACGUUAUAGACCUCGCUACCCAGCCCUGUCACUGGAAGAACCUUCAAGCCUGCAACAUCUUGCAGAUAUUACGAGGUGAUGAUUUUAGAGCAGGCUACCAAAAGCUAGACCGCGAACUGCAGGCGGAGUUCGAGACUCUCGCUAUCGCCGUCCUAUUUCUGUUGCAGGACACGGGUGUAGAUAGGAAGGGUGAAAAGUUUGUUGUUGGCUGCGCCCCCUCGGGAUUAGCAGUCCAUUGCUUCAAAAUACCCAUUGAAAGGGAGAGCUUCUGGGCCCGAAUACUUGCUGACUCCGAGGACGUAGCGACCUUCGCUUACGUAACGACGAUGUGCUUCGAAACGGACCAGGUUAGGUGUCGAGGCCCAACAGAGCCAUGGAUGAAUUCAACAUCCCUCUUCUCGACUGCCGUAUCACUUUUUCAGGAUGGCCUAGCCACGCAGAGAUUAACACCACAGCAGACAAGAUGGACUCUGAAGAAUGCAGAGGCGUAUCUUAUCGGGCGAGUCGACGCACCACUACUCAUACGAGUCCUUCGACCCAAUAUCCAGGACGAGCCAGAAUUGCUGGUCUCGAUGAGCACAAUUAUCGCUCCGUUUUUGAGAAGGUGGAGCAGGAAGCAAGGGUAUAAAAGGCCGUGGAGAUUGCGAGAGAGCAGUGCUCUGGACCAUCAGUAUCAGGUGGUUGAGAGUGUUGUUGUGAGAUCUGACUGUAAAACCUCGUAG